GUAAGCAUACACAUUACUGUGAAUAAGUAGAACUAAAUUGGAUUUAGUUCUGGGAAUCAUUCUUUAAAUUCAAGCUGCUUGCAGUUUUGCAGCCAUCGAUAUGGGAGAGUUAAUGACAAAACACAUGUGGAAUGAGCGUUCCAAAGAAGUAGUUGCGGAUACAAAAAAUAUGGUGAUUCAAGUGGCGGAAAGAUAUAAAUCUGCAUAUUCAUAUUGUAUUCUGCAACAAAUGAGAAAAGAUUUGAGUGGAAAAAAUGAAAAAGAUUUACUAUUAAACCAAAGAAAGUGGCAAAAUUAUAAUCGACCUCUUCAGUCUGGGUCACUUUAUGUCCUCGGUGGAUCUGAACACAGGAAAUGGAGACGAAGAUAUUGUGUUCUUCAACCAGAUUAUACAUUGGAGGUUUAUGACACCGAGGAAGAUUUUGAUGCAGCCAAUAAACCAAGAUUCUUUCGAAAAUUCAGCAGUUUUAAAGUCAUUGACAAUGUAGAUACACAUUUCAGUCAAUUAGUCAAAGAAUAUUUGAGAGAUUUUGGUUUUGUUCGAGAAAAUGUAUCAGAAGUUAUCAAAAAAGUUGGAUCUGGUAACGAGCCAUCCAAGAGACCCACUCAACAUGUUCUUGCAUUAUAUCAUAAAUAUAGAGGCACAUUUUACAUGGCUGCUGAUUCUGCUGUCGAGAAAGAAAAGUGGUUGAAGAGUAUGCAAGAUGCAGAAAGGCAAUUGUCAGGUGUUCAUUGUGAAAAUCAUAUGCAGAGAGAAGCAUUUGAAUUUGCAAUCAGACAAGCAUGUGAUGCAGAGGAACACUGUGGAAUAUCAGUUACAAUGUCUGGAACGCAAGAAGAGAUCACUGCUGACUUUAUCACUGAUUAUCUUUCCAAUGGUUGCAAAACAAUGUUGCAAACUAAAGUCAAAGGUGACGUUAUCAAGAAAUAUAAAAUGUGGGAUGCAAUAUCCAAACGAUUAGCUGGAUCUGUUGAGAGCGUUGUUAAAGUUGACUAUCCUCCUUUGGGACAGAAAGCAGAAUCGGAAGCCGAAGCAUUAAAAUCACGAAUGAUGAGUUUGUUGCCACAAAUUAAUACAGUGUAUGAAACGUUGUGCUCAGAAAUAAUAGCCAGCAUGGAUCCAAAUUUUAAUGAUGAUUUGGAGGCAAAAAUUUUACCAAAAAUUCCCGAUCUUGUUACACGUAUGGGAGAUUCCAUGUCAUUGUCGUUACGAGAGGUUCGAGAUUUAUUUAUGUCGUUGAUCGAAAGUGUUCAGCGCCAGACAUUGAGUUCUCCUCAAUUUGCGAAUCAUAUCGAUAGAUUUUUUCUUGAUCAUCUUGACGUUGCCCCAAGGAACCCAGAAAUCAUGACGAAUGCAUUCCAGACAGCCAUUGGGAAGAAAUCACUUUUUAUGGUUCUGUUCGAAACAUUUCCAAAAGUGGAAUAUACACAACAUGAAGUUAAAUUGUGUUUAUUGUUACAAAAGCUGCUGGAUUCGGCGAUUUGUACGUUUGAAAUGUUAUGUGGUGAAUCUGUUGCAAAAAAUGAAGGGAAAUUACAGGCCUCGAGUAUUGCCAAGAUACAAGGAAGAGUUCUCAAGAAACUCAAUCAUGACAAUAUCAUACUCACAAAGAAAUUCUUGAGAGGGGUAACAUCCGAUGUGACUUUUCGAAUGCUUAGACAUAUGAUAUACCAUGAUUCGAGAAAUAAAUUGCGAAAUUUUGAAGAUUUCAUCCCUUCAGAUAUGAUGUCUUUCAUGCCGAUUGCUAAUAUUUUCAAAGAUGUAGUUACAGAUCAUAUCAAUGAACAAAUUCAAAUGCCCUUGGCAGCAGCAUUCAAGCGUCUUGCAAACGAUCACUUCAAUAUGACGAGUUAUCAUUCGAAUUCUACUAUCAAUUCACAUUCUUCCAACACAUCGGACGAGCUACAUUCUGUAUUGAAAAGAGAAACAUCAUCGUGUUCUACUGUUUCUCUGCAAUCCAGCCCUACAAACAAAUCUGCUCCUGUUGUAUUGCCAUCAGCAGAGGCCAAAGUCACAAACGAAAGUGAAGAAGUUCAGGAAAUUACACAAGAAUCUGAACUACUGAAAGAUCCUUGCGAAGGAGUCCAAAUGGACGGUGAAACAGGAGAAUAUGCAGUUGAUGAAUAUGGAGAACCUAUUAUGGCUGGACCUUGCUCUGAAACAAAAGAGUCUACCCCUAAUACAGAAAUCUCGGACAUCGAUCUCAAUCCAGAUCUUGGAGAUUCAGAGACUGUAACAGACGUUGAGAACAAUAAUAAGGACAUGAAUAUUAAAAAGGAACCUGAUUUACAAAAUGAACCUUCACUACAAGAAAUGCCGAAUUCAGAUAAUUUGAGCCCGGAAUUAGGAUCUCAGGAAGAUAAUAUCGUAAAGGAAUCGUGUGAUAUUGUUAAUCAAAAUCUCGAUCCAGAAAUGGGAGUGAACAUGAGUAAUUCAGAAAAGAAAGCGGAAUCUGAUGAUUACGUAUCUGACAUAACCAAAGAAAGCGAAGAAAAAGAAAGUGUGGAAACUAAGAAAAAUAUUGAGAAUGUUAAUGACACUCAAGCUCGUGAGGAGAAUGCUCAAGAACAACAUAAAUCGAAGGAAGAGGACUUUGGUGAAACUGAAAAGAAUGAGAAAAUAGAAGAAUCGAAUAGCAUCAAAAAUCACACUGAAAAUACUCCUGAAGCAGUGAAAGAAGAUGAUAAUUCUCAAGAUGAGGAGAUGCCUGAAGAUGAGCUAAAUACGUCAGAAAAUGCAGAUAUUAUAAACCAGGAGAAACAUGUUGAAGAAAAUGUGCAUGAUGUAAAACCAGACCCUGAAACAGGCGGCCAAGACGUAUAUAUUGAUUCGGAGCAAAAGAAAAUUACAGAAAUUAGUGAGACAACAUCGAAUGAAAAUAAAGUUGAAGAAAAAGUGGAAACAAAUCGAAAUUCCUCAAUUUCUGAUGAAAAUGCUAUAUCCACUCACGAAGAGGAGAUUAAAAAUCAUAUUGACAACAAAAUAGUAGAAGACACAGCUGACGAAUUGAACAACUCUGUUCAUCAAAACGGUGACGUAAUACUCAACGAACAACUCGUUUCAACUCAAAAUGAGCAGGAUACUUUACCACCAGUUGCCCCAGCGAGAAAAAAGAAACACAGCACUGAGACGGAAGAUAAAAAAGCACUGGUAAUUAACAAUGGUGAACAUGGUGACAAUAAAAUCGAUCUCGUGCAACAGCAAUCAUGUAUAAUUGAUGAGGAUCUCGAAAAAUAUAACGGUGUUGUUGAACAAAUUAUUCACACAGGAGAAGAGAAACUUAUAUAGAUAUUGAGAAUAAAUUUGAAAACUAUUUCUGUUCAUUAAGGUAAUGUCAUUAUAUAAAUAUAUAUAUAUAUAUAUAUGAGGCCAAAUUUUGGCCAAAUUUAUGCGGUUUUCAUUUAAAAUGCAGGUAAUUUGAACAUUCUCAGAAAACAGGUGAAGUGUUUUUCUCCUGCUUCUAUUUGUACAUAUUAAAAAAGCUUGUUUUUGAGUUAUUCGUUAUAUUUCUUUUUCUAGCGUUAGUUAUUUUUACCACAAUUUAAUACAUUUUUUUUUCAUCAAUAAUAAUAAGUUUGCAAUAUAGUUUCACACCAAUUGAUUCAUAUUUCUUUCAGAGCGUAAUUUGUAAUAGUACCGGUAAGUCAUUUUGUUGCAAUAUUUUCGGUACAAAACGGAUUUUUCAUGUGAAUGCAAUUCUUGAUAGAAACGAUUAUGGGUAUUUAUAGUUUUAUUUCAAUAGAUUUACCCCAAAAAUAUACUUGUGCUAAUUUACAAUCCAGAAUUCCAAAAACGUAGAUGUAAUUUGUAUUGGGGAGUUUCUUGAAAUUUAAUAAUUUUUUCAAAAUGAUUUCGGCAUUGAAAUCAUUGAUUUCGUACGCCAACGGUUUCCAACCAUGGGCUCAUGGGAGCAGUUAGAUGGGGGCCACCAAUGCUAGGCGCAAAACUGAUUUUACUUUUCCCUUUACAAGAAAACAAAGUGUUUUACAAAGUGUUUUAAACUUUUUGAGCAUGAAUAGUUUGAACAUACAGGGAUUUGGAAUUUAACAAUCAAAUUAACACUUCAAGUCCCACUGGAAUGAUGUAUAGGGGGGUAGAGAAGCCUCUGGUAGUGGCCAUGAAAUUUGACAGCAUAUGUGUAGUUUAUGUGUAUUAUGUGUAGUUUUUAAUGACUUUUUCAAUAACUAGUUUUCAGCGGUAUAUUUUUGUAUGUGAAAUUUCCACACGCCAGUAAAUUAAAUAUAUAUCAAUUUUUAAUAAGCACAAACAUUUUACAAAUUUCACCUUGUUUUAGAUAUAACAGUGUGCACGCAUUAAUUUGGGUAAAAUUAUACAGUAUUCAUUUUUUGUAUAAAUGAAACAAAACUUGCCAUUUUUAAUUAAAAUUAAUUGUUAUUAUUAUUCUUCCUUUGUAUUUUAAGUAUUGUGUAUAUUUUAUAUUUAGAUUCAUGACUCUGCCUUUAGUAUUUUGUUUUGACAAUAACUGGAACAAAUUGGGAUUGGGGGGGGGGGGGGGGGGGUGAUAACCCAGUAGUUAUAGCGUUGGACUGGUUCCCUACUUUGUUGUCGUGGGCAACUUGGACAAAAAAUUGUGGCCCAUUAUCGGUAACUGUCUCAUGCAAGGUAAAACUAUGAGAAAAACAAGGAAUUUUUUUUCGCGAAGAUAAACACUUCAAAUAAUUAAAUUGAGAAUUACAACUCAGAGCCAAAAAGCAGCAGCAUCAUUCAAAGUUUCAAUCAAAGUUUAACUAAUUUAUCACUAAAUCUGGCAAUUUUUAAUAGGCUCAUGGUCCACAUGAAAAGAUUCUCGACCAGAAUUCUCCAAGAUGUGGAUUGUUCUGGUUGAGAAUCAAAAACAACCACAAAAUACGUUUUACUUCAUUUAUGUCUUAAUUAUCAAUCAAUGUUUUCAGGUUCAAUACCCACCCAUUCACCUUUUUUUCUUCGUUAUAUUUAUUCCUGGUCUUCUUACCAAACUUAGUACGAAGUGCAAAAGAAUUGUAUCCGUCCUCAUGCAAUGCUGCCUUUUCCAACAUUAUUUUUUACUAAGCAGAGUUUACAGUAUAAUUUAGUACUUAUUCCAUCCCGAGUACAGUAGAUUAAUUAUUAUUUUUUUGUUCCCUUUCAUUUUUAUUCAGUUUUGUUGCUUUUUUGUAAAAUGGAGGCAAUUUCCAUUGCUGAUAGAGUUAUUACACGUAAGAAAUAUUUUUAAUUCCUGAACAAAACAAUAUUCAGAAUAAUUGCAAUUUGAAACUCACAGAUAAAUUUUUGAUAUUCAUUAAAAACACAUGACAAUCCAGUUAUGAGUAAGAUGAAACUGUUUCUGACAUGUUCGUUCAAUGUACAU